AUGGUCCAACCGCAGAUCGUACACCCGAAUGUCCAGGUCAAUGAUAUAACGAGACAAUUCCGCCAGGCUGUGUCAACACUCCGACCAGGCGGGCUCGUCAAAGAUGAGCAUUUCACCCUGUUUGAGGCCGUCAGCGCCUUGGAGAUUGGAGACCCGAAGAUGGACAGUGGCUCUGUCGCCUUCGACCCAGACAGUGAAGCCGAGUACGACUUUUCAACGACACAUUCUCCUGAAGAGAUCAUAUGGCUGAUGGACGAGCUAUUCUGUCGCGAGGUUGCCUGGCACAAAGGCCAUCCCUUGUCUCAGACACUCUUCACCUCGUUACAUAUCGAGCGCCUGUUGUGGCCUGAACCAAAACGACUCACGGAUGCCCGGUUCUUCCCCGAAGGAUCCUCAGCGGCCCCUUCAUCUUCCUUGCUCGAAAAUGUCUUGCGGCCGUUUUGUCUUGGGAUGAUCAAGGCUUGUGAUCUUGUUCUGGAGAUGGUCAUGAAUUCGCAUUACUACGAGGAAGAGGACUUUGCGACCCAGAUAUUCAACACACCAUUACUUCACAUAUUUCAAACGGACGAGAUCUUGAGCGAGUUACAAGGAGCCGAACUCUUCUUGAAACAAAGCGACCUCGACGGCGAUAUGAGAAAGGCGUUAUUGGUCCGAAUACGGGCCAGGAGCUCCUUUCUCGGACUCUUCCAGGAGUCAUCGACCUCCGAGCGUCCAACAGCUAGUCAUAUCAACAGAUGCAUCUCCCUUCUCAACGAGAUCGAAGCCACCACCGACCUCGGCCGCCCGGUUACCGCUGAAGCAUUCACACCAAAAACCCAGCGUAAACUCGCCAGUAGCGUCCCUCCGCGUCCCAUGGUCGCCAUUGCUCGUGCCAUAUCGUUUCCCUUCUUCCGCCAGCUGGUAAGCGAUAUUUCCGCCGCAUUUCAUCUCCUCGACAUCUCAUUCAGCGCCGACCUUCUUGUCGCAUACCACCACUUUAUGACGCAAGAGAACCAGCCCGCCGUUUACGUGCGUUCCCUAGUUCAGGCGUUCUUAUACCUGGACAACUCUGUACUGGGUCACUCGACGUCCAAGGAGUUCGUUCUGCAAGACAUGCGCACGCUUGUCUUUCCCGUCCACCCUCUUACCUGCAGUACUCCCAGUGAGAUAUUCACCGAUGAACAAUUCGACACCAAGACCCAAUUCGACAUGUUUGUCGAACGCACGGCCGAGUCCUAUCUGAACCUCUUUCGCGCGUUCUGUCUCAACCGCCCGCGCGUGCGCCGCACCAUGUGCCACGCCGUGCUGGAAUGGGACCAAAUCCAACUCGAGGCCGAGGAUCUCGACGGCCUGAUCCAGACCACCUUCGACGAACAAGCCAUACCGUAUGCCGAGUCUGGUGACGACCAACCCACGUUCUCCUUCAGCCUCAGCAGCUGGGUAUACCACUACAAACUCAUCCAGCUCCGCACCAUCGUGCAGAUGGGUUUUGAACUAUCCAUUUACGCUCCGCACGAGUUCAAGCUCAUGUACUGGUACUUGUCGUUUUUAUGCACUACACACAUGUCCCACCUGGAACGAAUCAGCCACUUUGUCUCGUCAUCUUUGUCGACAACCGCCAGACCAUCGCAGCAUCGCCAACGGCAACAGCAACAGCAACAGCACAAUCGCCAGCGCCAGCAAGAGACGAUUCAAAAAACCCUGCGCCACCUCUACAGACUGUUCACUUGGCUCAAAGCCACUGACUCUCUCGCAAAGUCUCUCCACCGGGUGUUUGUCAUCCUCGAUCGGCAAAAGUUACUUGCGAAACCCGCGUUCCCUUACUCCUCAGACACUCUACGGUACGAAGUACGUAUGCGGCCGUUCCGACACCUGUCCAUCCCGCAGCCCAUCACCGACGACGUCGCCCGGCAAGCCUCGUCGCUGGACGGGCUCAGCGACGAGGAAAUUCUCGAGCAGGCCGCCGCGAUGAACCAGAUCUCGAGACGAGCGUGGGAAGAAGUCCUCAAGAACUCAUGGCAUCUGGACCCGUUGCGCCCCUCACAACAAAGGGACAGGGACAAGGGUACGGAUACGGGUAUGGAUGUUAAGAGCCCACCGGCACCGCAGCCGCAGCAGGAAGCCCAAGUGGUCGAGCACGAAUGGACACGGGACGUCAAAAACAGCAUGAAGUCGUGCAUCGGCACGGGCAUCGCCCUCAGCGCCUUGACGAAAGCUCUCAAGGACGGCCGGGGCACCAUUGACCCCGCAAAGAUCAAGCUAGAGUUACCCGUCAUGGGCGACCGCGAGAGAUGGCAUUUUGCCUGGGUGGUGCCGCGAAUCAGAGCCGUGACGUGA